GCAGGCGGCCAAGAGUCGGACCACAGUCCCGGAGCCCCAAGGUUGCGCCGGUGCCAUCGCGGCCACUGCCACCGCUCACUAUGAUCCCGGGUCCCCGUCUGCUGCUGGCCACGGUGCUCUGCCUGGGGCUCGGCGCGCUCGUGUCUUCUUCGGGGUCCUCGGGCGUCCGAAAGCGAGGUCCCUCGGUGACGGCCAAGGUCUUCUUUGAUGUGAAGAUCGGAGACAAAGAUGUGGGUAGAAUUGUGAUUGGCCUCUUUGGAAAAGUGGUACCCAAGACGGUGGAAAACUUCGUGGCUCUGGCAACAGGAGAGAAAGGCUACGGGUAUAAAGGAAGCAUCUUCCAUCGCGUCAUCAAGGACUUCAUGAUUCAAGGAGGGGACUUCACCGCUAGGGACGGCACCGGAGGUAACACUACUGUGGUACACUCCAUAGAACUUCAAGCCACGGAUGACCAUGACCGCCCACUUACUGACUGCACCAUCGUCAACAGUGGCAAGAUAGAUGUGAAAACGCCCUUCGUGGUCGAGGUCCCCGACUGGUGACAGACAUGGCAGAAAUCAAGGAACACACUCUGGCUGGUCCGUGUGUGCAUCUGCUACCCACCAGGUGUCUUUUGACUCUUUAGUUAAAGUUGUACUUAAAACAACAACAAAAAUUCUCUUUUAAUUUCCCACUCCAGAUUGCAACAAAGAUUUAAAAAUCAACCACACAGCCAGAUGUCCUGGCAAACACCUGUAAUCCCAGCACUAGGGAGGUGGAGGCAGGAGGAUUAGGGUUUCAGGGCCAGCCUUGGCUACAUAGUGAGUUUGAGGCUAGCCUAGUCUGUGUGGAACCCUGUUUCAAAAACCAUGCCAAACAACAAUAAAAAUCAACCAAAGCUUA